GUUCAGAAACUUUGAUACCAAUCAUUCUACAUCGCCGUAAAACAGUUGCUAGCUUCCAACAGUGCAAAGUAAAAGUAAAAUCCAACUGAAAUGGCUGCUUCUUUAUUUUCCGUUACCUUAACCACCAAAAUCACUUCUUCAACCCACCACAAAUCCCAUAAUUCCCAAAUUACCCAUCUCCGAUUCAAACCUUCCCCUAUUCGUACCCUCCUUCACUUCGAACACAAACCAAUUAGCCUCCGUACCAACGCCGUCUCAGUCCAAUGCCUCUUCACCGGCCUCGUCGAAGAAAUCGGCACCGUCAAGCAAAUCGGAGCGUCCCCUGACGGCGGUUUCGACUUAAAGGUCAACGCAAAGACAGUUCUCGACGGCAUCAAUCUCGGCGACAGCAUCGCCGUCAACGGCACAUGUCUCACCGUGACAGAAUUCGACACGAAAGCUUCCGAUUUCACCGUCGGUUUAGCCCCGGAGACGCUGCGAAAAACUUCCCUUUCCGAAUUGGAAGCCGGAUCGCAGGUGAAUCUCGAAAGGGCGGUGACUCCGGUUACUCGAAUGGGCGGACAUUUUGUGCAGGGUCACGUGGAUGGCACGGGGGAGAUUGUUUCUAUGGUUCCUGAAGGGGAUUCUCUGUGGGUGAAAGUUAGGGUUGAGAAGGAAAUGCUGAAAUACAUUGUUCCCAAAGGAUUUAUUGCCGUGGAUGGGACUAGUUUGACUGUGGUUGAUGUUUUUGAUGAUGAAGUUUGUUUUAAUUUCAUGCUGGUUGCUUAUACUCAGGAGAAGAUUGUUGUUCCUUUGAAGAAAGUUGGUCAGAAGGUGAAUCUUGAAGUUGAUAUUCUUGGGAAGUAUGUGGAGAGGCUUCUCAGUAGCGGGUUUGUUUCCUCCAUUGCAGCAAAGGUAUCGAUGUCUUGAUCUAAGAAGGCAGCAAAUGAAUUGUAACAUAUUGCUGUGGCAUAAAGUGGUUAAACUCAUACGAAGACAUCUAGAAGACAUACAUGGUUUUGUGGAGGUAGAUUGAAACUCCAAUACUGUCGAGAUCCACACCAGAAGGUGCCCGAGAUUAUUUAGUUCCAUCAAGAG